AUGAGUGUAGAACUAAUAGAUAGUACAAUGAUCAUAAACUUUAUCGAAGAGAGGGAAGAAUUUGCUUUUGCGGUACGAUGUCGUUUUGCGGAACUGGACAUUGACCAAAAUAGCGUUCUUUGCUACAGCGAAAUGCUGAAAGAGUUCCAGUCUCUUAGAUUGGUAGAGACCGAUUUUGGUAAUGAUGUGAAGACAAAUCCAGAAGUGGUUGCUAAUAUUUAUAGUUCACUGUUGGCAAAGUUUGAUCACAAUUCUGAUGGAGUGAUAAGCUUGGAGGAGUAUAUGACAGAGACGAAGAAGAUGAUGAAGGACAUAGCCAAUGAUAUAGGAUUCAUGCCAAUACAGAUGGUGUUGGAGAAGGAUAGCCUUCUCAUGAAGGCUGUCGAGCUACAUCACUCAGCCUCAGCAGCACAUACUAUUGAUUGUUAG